AAAGGGUAAAUUAAGUACUCUGUGCGUACUCUGUGGUUGACGGUGACCCGUGAGCGUCACCAAGAAACCCACAGUUUUUGCUGACUUGAUUGAAUGACAAAAUCUUCUGUUAGUCAAGUGCGUUUAGUCUGUUUUACUAAUAGACAUUGUUGAUAUUGAAAUUUAUUAUUGUUUCAAUUAAAGUGAUACUAAAAUUCUUGAGGUUUAUAGUGCUAAACUGUUUGUGUACAUAAUCUUACCCAUUAUGGAUGUUUACCUAAUUUACACAAUUGUUGGUUAAAAUAUAGUACGGACAUGAUUGCCCCGUAACAGUAAAUCAAUUAUAUUCAUCAAUUUAAUAAAGAAGCAGCAAGAUGGAUCCAGAAACUCAAGUAAAAGAUAAGUUAGUGAACAGCUUAAAAAACGAAAACCGAAAGAAAAAAAAGAAGCAGAAGCAUAGAAAAAAUAAAAAGGAAUUAAUUGACGAAGAUGAAGGAGAGACUAGUUUUAAAAGAAGAAAGAGGUCUAAGAAAGUUAAACAUAAACGUCCAGUUCAGGAAAGUGAAACAUCACUAUCUGAUGUUGAAGAUUUAAUAAAAAAAUCUCGUGCUUGUAAACAAGAUUCAACCAGAGAUGCUUCCGUUGAGUUAAAUUUAGCAGAGUUAGAUAAUAAAUCCAAACAAAACAAUGGUGACUGGGAUCUUCUAAAAUCAAGAAUUUAUAGUAAUGGUAAUUAUGCAAAGAAAUCCUACGAAAAAGAUGAAUCGUUAGAUGUUAAAUCGUCUAACUCUGAGGCAGAAAAUUAUCAAGAUGAUUGUGCAAGUCCAGAAUUAACCAUGAUAGAAGACGAUCUAAACUUGGAAGAGCUGAUGAAGCAAAAAGAGUUGCUACAGGCACGUUUAGUUGCUUAUUAUUCUGAUAAAAGCGAUGACGAAAUUGAACAGCCUGCAGCCAAUGAUUUGUGUAUAUCUGAUGAUAAGUCGCCGUCAUCUAAGAAAAGGAGAGGUCAUGACUAUGACCACAAAUGGGCCAGUAGACACAAGUCUAGUAAAGAUAGAUCUUUAGAGCGUGAUAGAUAUAAGUCUAAACGGCAUGACGAAGACUUAAGAGUAAUCAUAAAUAGAGAGAGUAGAAAAGAAAUGGAAAAAGAAAGAGAGUAUCGUGAAAGAAGAGAACGGCAACGACGUAAGCUAUAUGAGGCGGAAAGGGAGAAAGAAAGAGAACGCGAAAGGGAAAGAGAGCGUGAACGAGAGAAGGAUAGAGACCGUAAGCGUGAAAGAGAUCGCGAGCGAGAGAUGGAACGACGGUCGGUGGAGUUCAAACGACGGGAUUGGGAAGCUCGUGGACGCAGAACUCGAGAUCGAUCGGUGAUGCGCCGUGACGGCGAACGAAGUCGCCACAGAAGUACUGAUCGCAGCCGGGUAAGGAGUCGCAAUCGCAGUCGAGUCCACAGUCGAGAACGCAAUCGCUCGCGUGAUAGAAACCACAGAGGGAGCCAUAAAGAUAGGCGUCAGAAUACACUUAAUGAAGUUGCACAAAUAGUUCCAAGUUCAAGUGAUGAGGAGCUGAAUAUUGAUAUUAAUACAGACGAAGAUGAGGAGACAGAGGAGCAGAUCAUUGAGCGGAGAAGACAACAAAGGGAACAACUUAUGAAGAGAUUGGAGGGUGAAAAUAACAGCGGCCAGGUAGAACAACAGAAUCAGGUCGGAGUUUCUGCUACGCCGGAUAUUCAACCAGACUCUAAACCAGACCCUAAACCAGACCCUAAUCCAGACCCUAAACCAGACCCUAAACCAGACCCUAAACUCGACCCUAAACCCGACUCUAAACCAGACCCUAAAACGGACCCUAAACCGGAGCCUAAAUUAGACCUUAAACCAGAUCCUAAACCAGAAGUUAAGUCUGAUACCAAGCAAGAGAAUAGAGGCAAAAAAACAGAGGGUGACAAUUCCCAUGUUGUCAGCGUUGAUGUUGUUGUCCAACAACCACACUCCACCAACAUCCUCAGGAAUAUAGAAAACGAAUCCAAAACAAACAAUAAAUUGGAGAAAGCAACAACCAAGGGCCGCGAGUGGGACAUGUUUGCUGAUCAAGAUAAUUUCAAUGUUGAUACACCCUAUACCGGUAAGCCAAGAAAUAAAGCUGCUUUAGAGAACCCGUCUCUGACAGACAACUGGGAUGAUGCGGAAGGAUAUUACAGAGUUCGCAUUGGGGAGAUAUUAGACAACCGUUACAGUGUAUAUGGAUACACCGGCCAGGGUGUGUUUUCCAACGUAGUUCGAGCCCGUGAUCAAGCGCGUGCCAACACCGACGUAGCAGUUAAGAUUAUCAGGAAUAAUGAGAUCAUGCAUAAAACUGGUCUUCGUGAGUUAGAAAUUCUGAAGCGUUUGAAUGAUUCCGACCCCGAGGACAAGUUCCACUGCUUGCGUCUGUUCCGGCAUUUCUUCCACAAACGCCAUCUGUGUAUGGUGAUGGAACCACUCUCCAUGAACCUGAGGGAGGUCCUUAAGAAGUAUGGCAAGAAUAGUGGCAUACAUAUAAAGGCAGUCCGAAGUUACACACAGCAAAUGUUGUUGGCUCUGAAAUUGUUGAAAAAGACUGGUAUCUUACACGCUGAUAUAAAACCCGACAACAUUCUCGUCAACGACAGUAAACUAAUGCUCAAAUUAUGUGACUUCGGAUCAGCCUCUCUGGUAACGGAGAACGAAAUAACGCCGUACUUAGUAUCAAGGUUCUACAGAGCGCCAGAGAUCAUUCUCGGGUCCACAUAUGACCACGGCAUAGACAUGUGGUCAACAGCGUGCACCAUAUAUGAGAUAUCCACAGGGAAAAUAAUGUUUAGUGGAAAAUCUAAUAAUGAGAUGUUAAAAUACUUUAUGGAUUUUAAGGGCAAGAUACCAAAUAAGGUUAUAAAGAGGGGGCAAUUCAAAGAACAACACUUUGAUUCGAACUGUAACUUCUUAUAUCAUGAGUUGGACAGGAUAACUGAAAGGGAAAAAGUGGUCGUAAUGUCAAGUAUUAUACCUUCGCGAGAUUUGCAAACGGAGCUGGCUCCACCACACCACCGCUUGCCGCAGCCGGAAGCUAAGAAAAUAACACAGUUGAAGGACCUUCUCGAGCGUAUGCUGAUGCUGGACCCCAGCAAGCGGGCCUCAGUUAACCACUGCCUCGCUCAUUCCUUUAUCCAAGAAAAAAUAUAAUUAUAUACUUAUUAGUAUAUAAUUAUAUAAUCCUGGUGUUCUAUCGUCGUAAUUUAUAUCACGACCACAUAGACCGCCACCGUACACGUGUUGUACAUAACAUGUAUUUUUUUCAUGUGAUUAUGGCAAGUGGCUGCUUUAGGUCAUACACGCUCUUUUGCUGAUAUUUAUAUCCAAGCGUGUAUUUGUUGUUAUACUAAUGUAGAAUGUUGAAAAUGUGAAAUUCAUGGAUUUACUCUGACCUCUAGAAGGUAUAUUUACUUGAAAAUUAUUAUUUUAUUUUAUAUUAUUCGUUAAUUCAAAUUAUGGAAGGUAUCUUCAAUUUAUUUUACUGAAUGUGAUUAUAAUUUCAUUAAUUAAGAUUUCCAUUAUGCCAUUGAUAUUGAUGAUAUGAUUUUGGAUAAUGUAAAAUUUAUCGACUUCAGUUAACAGUAGCCGAUAUCCCUCUAUACAAAAUAAGUAAAAUUCUACCUGUAAAUUCGAAUUCAGAUUGUUAUCUGCGAUUCAGAUAUACUAAUAGCUAGAAAGUGAAAUACAAAUAAAUCAUUUAA